AUGGCUGCCUCCGCCUGGCCCUGCCUGCUGCUGUGCGUCGGGGCCGCGGCCUUGAGCGUCGGUCCGGCCCCGCCGAGCAUCCGCUUGCCACUGCGGGGAGGAUCGGCCCCGCCGCCGGGCGCCAGGGCGAGGAGAGCGCCGGAGGAGGCGGAGAGGAGGAGCGCCUUCGUGGAGAUGAUCGAUAACUUGCGGGGCAAGUCCGGGCAGGGCUACUAUGUGGAGAUGACGGUGGGCAGCCCCCCGCAGAAGCUCAAUAUCCUGGUGGACACUGGGAGCAGUAAUUUUGCUGUGGGAGCUGCACCUCACCCCUUUCUUCGGAGAUACUACCAGCGGCAGCUGUCCAGCACCUACCGUGACCUGCGGAAGGGUGUGUAUGUGCCCUACACCCAGGGCAAGUGGGAAGGGGAGCUGGGCACUGACCUUGUCACUAUCCCCCACGGCCCCAACGUCACUGUCAGAGCCAACAUUGCUGCCAUCACGGAGUCAGACAAAUUCUUCAUCAAUGGCUCCAACUGGGAAGGGAUCCUGGGGCUGGCCUAUGCAGAGAUUGCCCGGCCUGAUGACAGCUUGGAGCCCUUUUUUGAUUCCCUGGUGAAGCAGACCCAGGUGCCCAACAUCUUCUCCCUCCAGCUUUGUGGGGCAGGCUUCUCAUCCAAUGAAACGGAGACCUUGGCAUCAGUGGGAGGCAGCAUGAUCAUUGGUGGCAUCGACCGCUCGCUGUACGUGGGUGACAUCUGGUACACACCCAUCCGCAAGGAGUGGUACUACGAGGUCAUCAUUGUCAGGCUGGAGGUCAAUGGGCAGGACCUGAACAUGGACUGCAAAGAGUACAACUAUGACAAGAGUAUCGUGGACAGCGGCACCACCAACCUCAGGCUGCCGAAGAAGGUGUUUGAGGCUGCAGUGAAAUCCAUCAAAACAGCUUCUUCGACGGAGAAGUUCCCAGAUGGCUUCUGGCUGGGGGAGCAGCUGGUUUGCUGGCAGGUGGGCACCACCCCCUGGCACAUCUUCCCCGUUCUGUCCCUCUACCUGAUGGGGGAGGCCACCAACCAGUCCUUCCGGAUCACCAUCCUUCCCCAGCAAUACCUGCGCCCAGUGGAGGAUGUGGCCACCUCUCAGGAUGACUGUUACAAGUUCGCCAUCUCUCAGUCCUCCACAGGCACUGUCAUGGGCGCUGUCAUCAUGGAAGGUUUCUACGUGGUCUUUGACCGUGCCCGCAAGCGCAUUGGCUUUGCUGUCAGUGCCUGCCACGUGCACGACGAGUUUCGGACAGCCGCAGUGGAGGGGCCCUACCUGCACUCCAACAUGGAGGACUGCGGCUACAACAUCCCACAGACGGAUGAGUCCACCUUGAUGACCAUUGCUUAUGUCAUGGCAGCCAUCUGCGCCCUGUUCAUGCUGCCUCUCUGCCUCAUGGUGUUCCAGUGGCGCUGCUUCCGCUGCCUGCGACGGGACCACGAUGACUUUGCUGAUGACAUAUCUUUGCUGAAGUGACACCGGAGCGUGGGGGCAGCCCCGGGACAGCAGGUGAGGCAGCAGGGCGAGGAGAGGUCCUUUCGUUGGAGGCUAGAGCAUGGAGACUGGACAUCAGCGUAGGGUGCUCACACAGUCAGCCCAGGCCCUCCUGGCUGCAGGGACCCAGUGCCCUUUGAGUUAAUGGGCCAGGAGCAACCCAGUACCAGGAGCAGAAUGCCAGCACUGAGGCUCGAGUCCCGGGCUUGAGUCCCUGGGUCACCAUCACCCAGAGCAGCAUUUGCAUAGCAGGACAGGAGAGGCAACACCAGCACUGGGGAGCAGGUGGAGAUCAGGUCCCAGCAGCAGGUUAGGAUCCCCCUCUGUGCUCCAAAGGCGUUGCCCUGGUUCUGACACCAGCCACCCCUUGCUGACCUACAGCAAAACUUCAGUGUGUACUUGCAGCCUGUCAGGCAGCAGCAUGUGCAAGGGCAGCUUGGGGAGCCUCAGGCCUCAGCUGCUUUUGUCUAGGAUCCUCAGAUGUAGCUUGGCUGCUAUUGGGUGACAGCACAGCAACCCUGUUUCACCUGUAGCCUCUGGAAGGACUGGGUGCAAGUGUCUGCUCUGGCACAAAAAUGAGCUGAGCUUUCCCUAGCUGUCCUGCCAAGACUUUCCAAAUUGAUGAGCCAUCACCCCAUUUCUGUCCCCCUCCCUCCCCCAGUGCUGCAUCUGCCCUUCUCAGCCUGCACUGUAGGGAAGCUGCUGGCAUAGGCUCUCCGUGUAGUGAACUGUGCGUGUGUGCAUGUGCGCUGUAGCUGUGCCUGCCCCACGCAGCUCCCCUCCCCAUGACACCUGUGAGCUGGACUCCAGAGAGUGCAUCUCCAGAGCCAUUGCCCCCAGGCCUGGGCCUGUAGAAAACACCACACAGUGCCAGCCUGAAGCUGCCUUGGAGUGAGAGAAGGCAGAAGUUGGGGGACAGCUGCUCCCACCCUCCUGCUCCCCUGUACAGUGCACACUCUAACAUGUGCUGUGGCAUUUCCCCUGUCCUCCCGACCUGCCCUUCCAUUGCUGCCAGCCCCAGACCUCUCUGCGCCCACCCUGCCUCGCUGCCUCCCAGGACAGGCAGCCAUCCUCUCCUGACUCCAUUUUUUGACCACCACGUCCCCUUGGGGGACAGGGAACUGCCUCACCUGCGUCCCAGAUCCACAGUGUUUGCUGCGUAGAAGCUGCUGGCUGCCGCCCUCCAGCCCUGGGGACAACAGCCUCUGCUCCAGGACACGGGGUUCUCUUCCCUGCGCUUCACGGCCCCUCGGACUGAACGGGAACAAAGGAAGGAGCUCGGAACGAGCAGAAACCGCGUGCCAGGAGAGAGCUUACCCGUUCCCCCGCCUGUCGCCUGUUUGAAAGCCAUAGGGGAGCCAGCGCCGGCUCGGCGGCCCCACCUGCAGCUGCUGCCUCGCCUCAGCAGCCAGCGCACCCGGCUGCAGACACGCUCGGACCUGGGCUCCUGCCCCCAAGGCAAGAGACCCCUAGCAGCACUGGGGAAAGGAGGUGUCUGUGGGAACUGCAGCAUUUCUUGUUUUUCUAAACACAUGGUUGUAUUUA